CAUUAACAGAUUUAAAACAUGCUAGGCUUAGCUACAGCUCAGCAAUGAUUCAGGUGUUCAAAUCAUCUAAUCUCAACUUCAUAAACAAGACCCUUAUUACAGAAUUUUGGAUCCAAGGUUUCCAAAUCCCAUAUAAUUACAGAAUAUUAAUGUUUAGUUUGUUCUUUGUUAUUUACAUUAUGAUUCUAACAGGGAACAUCCUGAUCAUUAUAUUAGUAUCAACCAACCACCGACUUCACUCUCCUAUGUACAUCUUCCUCAGCAAUUUAUCAUUGUCUGAAAUAUUCUUUACUACAAGCAUUGUACCCAACAUGCUAUAUGUACUUGUUUCUGGUGGAAGUAUUAUGACUUUUGCAGGAUGUUUUACACAAUUUUAUGUAUUUGGCUCCUUGAUAUCAACUGAGUGUUUCCUUCUUGCAGUAAUGUCUUAUGAUCGUUAUCUGGCUAUCUGCAAUCCAUUGCAUUAUAAUGUUCUUAUGAACUCCAGGAUUUGCUUUAAGUUGGCUGUUUUGUCCUGGUUGCUAGGAUUCCUUUUGUCAGUGAUAACAAUGAUGUUUAUUACACAAAUUUCCUUUUGUGGACCCAAUAUGAUUGAUCAUUUUCUGUGUGAUUUUGCACCCCUUCUGAAUUUGGCAUGCUCUGACAUCUCCAAAGUUGAACUGCAAGUAUUUAUAUUGUCAUUUUCUGUAAUUGUUUUCCCUUUUACGUUCAUUGUUCUAACUUAUUUGAGCAUCAUCAGAACAAUCCUUCUGAUUCCCUCAAUUUUAGGAAGACAAAAAGCUUUCUCCACUUGCAGCUCUCACUUAACUAUCGUUUCUCUUUACUAUGGGACACUAAUGUUCAUGUAUUCAGCACCAUCAAUCAAGAUGUUUCAUAAUGCUAACAAAAUUCUCUCUCUACUAUAUAUAGUAGUUACACCAUUAUGUAACCCUAUAAUUUAUAGUCUGAGAAACCAAGAAAUCAAAUACAUCUUGCAAAAGACCAUUACUGUUAAAUGUAUUUUACAUUGACUUU